GCCCCCGCGCCCAGGCGGCUGCUCCCUGCUGACUGGGGUGUGGGCGGGGAGCGGCGGAGGGAGGAGGCAGAGCUGGCCGCCGCAGUUUGCCGCCGCUGCUGGGCGCCUAGGCAGAGCUCCCCGGGGUUCGUGCGGGCGCCAUGGACGAGCAGGCGGGUCCCGGCGUCUUCUUCAGCAACAACCACCCGGGUGCUGGCGGUGCUAAGGGACUCGGGCCUCUGGCGGAGGCUGCAGCGGCCGGAGACGGGGCGGCUGCGGCGGGGGCGGCCCGAGCUCAGUACAGCCUCCCCGGGAUCUUGCACUUCCUGCAGCACGAAUGGGCCCGCUUCGAGGUGGAGAGAGCCCAGUGGGAGGUGGAGCGGGCGGAGCUGCAGGCCCAGAUUGCCUUCCUUCAGGGGGAGAGGAAAGGUCAAGAAAAUUUGAAGAAAGAUCUAGUGAGGAGGAUCAAAAUGUUGGAAUAUGCCCUGAAGCAGGAAAGGUAA